GGUAACGAGUGGCGUUGUCGUUGCCGAGAAGUUUAUUAAAUUUAAUGUGAUUGGCUGGAGAAAUUUCUCCAUCUACAAUUCUGAGAAUUUAAAAUCAAGAGCGGGAGAAAUAUAGCAGUUUAAUUUAAUUUCGAGAGUAAGUAUCUCAUUCCUCAGUCACCUUUGGUCAGAGAUUGACUUAAUUAAAUUAAUCAGUCCGCGAUUUGUGUUACGUUAAAAAAUAAAACAAUCAAGUAAAAAUAAUUAAAAUAAUUACAAUAUAAUCAAGUGUACUGAAUUAAAUAAAAAAAAAAAACAAAAAAAUUAUGGAAAAUUAUUCGAGUGAAAUGAGUGAGUUAGUAGAAAAAACUAAUGAGUGUUGUAUAUCCGAGCGUUUGAUCGAUUUGAUGAAUCGUACUCACUACGAGUUAGUUCAAGAGAAUGGACAACGACGUUUGACAGCUCCAGAGCUUACCAAGGAGUACCGUGACCGCAUCAAAGGAGCUGAAGUCUUUCUGGGACGACUCCCACGAAACUGCUACGAAGAUGAACUGAUGCCGGUGUUGGAGAAGGCUGGACGUCUGCUGGAGCUGAGGUUGAUGCUGGACUUUUCUGGAACUACUCGUGGAUACGCAUUUGCACUGUAUGAAGAUGCCAAAACUGCUCGACGUGCUCGUACUAUGCUUGAUGGCUAUGAAAUAAGACCUGGGCAUAAGAUUGGUGUCGUUAAAUCUAUUGACAACUGCAGACUGUUCUUUGGAGGUGUUCCCAAAGAUAAAAAAAAAGCUGAGUUUGUUGAAGAAUUGGGGAAAAUCCUCGAUGGAAUUUCAGACAUUUAUUUGUAUCCGAAUGCUCAAGAUCGUACACAAAAUCGUGGGUUCAUUUUUGUCGAGUUUAAAGAUCACCGAUCAGCUGCGAUGGCAAGACGUAAGCUCAUUCCUGGCAGAGUUAUGUUGUGGGACCAUGAAGUAGCUGUUGAUUGGGCAGAUCCUGAGCCUGGAGAGUCUUUAGAUGAUGAAGUUAUGGAGAAUGUGACUGCUUUGUUUGUCAGAAAUUUACCACUUGAGCUUCCUCACCAAAAAGUCCGUGAAGUUUUUCACAGAACAACUGGUGUACCGAUUCUGAAAUUGAAAAAAAUUAAUCACUUUGCUUUUGUUCACUACGAGACUCGUGAAAUGGCUAAAAAAGUUCUUGAGAUCAUGAAUGCUCCAAAUGGAAUUGCAGAAAUACACCAGUGGGAGAUUUGCUGGGCUAAGCCAAUUGGUUCAACAAAAAUACAAGAGCGACAGCGCGCAAUCCAAGAAGCAGCUGGUACAGAAAAAUUCCGCGAUAAUCAAGUUCUUCCCCAGAAUAAUCAACCAAAUGGUACUAACAAUAAACGUCAGAGUACAAAGAAAAAGUCGAAGAACGCUGAACCACGUAGUCCUGACGUUAAUCGCAGUUUACCGUCGACUGUAAGCACUUCUCCGGAGAUCGGUCGUGUCACCAUAGCUCCAAUCAGCCCGCCGUGUAUCAUUCCAACGGACUACAAAAAAAUUUUAGAAAAUUUUAUCGCUCAGAAGUUUGGUGCUCGAUGCCACUUUAUUUGUAUGCAAAUGUUUGUACCUGUUGGAUUUAUUUGUAAGAUUUCAAUAGUCUGCAACAAUCAAAUUAUGUAUGAAUUCCAAGGCCAGCUCUAUCAAACUCAAAAUCAAGCAAUUAAUUUGACAUCUCGAGAAGUAUACUACCAACUUGUCAACAACUCUACUAUGCCAGUUAUUGUCCCACCAACUGUUUAUUCAUCAUCUAAUUAUCUGUUUGGUCAAAGCCAAGCUUGUCAUUAAGUAUCAUUUUUAACAAACUUUUUUAAUAUUUAUCUUUUACUAUUUUUUUAGCCAUGCUUGUCUUACAUUUAAUAAUUUUUAAUCU